AUGAUCACCGCAGCGCCAGAUUCCCAUCCGACCAUGAAUCUAUCUCCGUCCGAGAGGAAGAAGAAGCAGCGCCGCGGGCGCAAGAGGAAUACCGUCGACAUCGUGGGCGCGAAGCCGAAGAAGACCCUGUUGUUGGAUGAGUUGGGCGAUGCCUUGGUCGACCAGCUCUACACUUGCCCCAGGCUCGAAGACCGGCUGGAUACCUCGGGGAUCUCUGUCGUCGAUCACCUGCGCAGCAAUUUUACCACGGCUCUCACGGCAUCCUCUUGUGCCAGCUCACGAAGCAGCAGCAGUCGCACGCUCACGGGGGUCGAGAGUACACCACCCACCAGCCUCGAUGACCGUGACUCCAACGACACCACCUCUUUAGCCCUGACGGUCGACAGCCAUCCAUACCCCAGCACCGAGUCUCUCCGCGCAACGGCCAGCAAAGCAGAGCAGGGCGAUGUAUUCUGUCUCGACGACUUCUCCACCAUGACAGCCAUCCAGCGCCUCACGGCCCGCUACGGCCGAGUAGCACACAUGGGCAUCCUCGAUCACAGCUACCGCUUCUUUGUGAACAAAGCCCGAAAUGCUGCUAUAUCCUUCAAAGUCCAAGCCGGGGUAGCCGUUGUUGGUGGCGACCCGCUCUGCGAAACAGACAUGGUCGCCGGCCUCUUGGAAGAAUUCGCAACGUACCGACGCCAACGCCACUGGGGCAUAGCCUUCAUGGGAGCAAGCGAGUCUUUCGUACAAGAAUACGCCCAACCCCGAGGCUGGACGACCAUCCGAUUUGGCACCGAACGCGUCCUCAACCCACAGACAAAUGAAAUCCUUUUCGAACGCGGCGGGAAACGUAUCGCCGUGCAAAACCGCCAGUUGUUGAACCCGCAGAAAGGAGGCGUAACCCUCGGCGUAUAUGCACCCGCCGUCCACGGCACAGACACUCAGUUGCAGACAGACCUGAUCGCCAUCUAUGAUGCCUGGCGCGCAGAACGCAACCACUCCACGGGUCCGCAGGCCUUCAUCACGGUCUACGACCCCUUCGCUCUACCAGAUCUCAUGACCUUCGUAUACAGUCGCGGCCCAGACGGCGAAAUCAAUGGCUUCGCUGCCCUACGGCGGCUAGGCUGCGGCGGCUACCACGUCGACCCCUGCAUCGCUGCUCCUGGGAGUCCAAAGGGGAUCAGUGAUUUGCUCAUCGUCGCUGCCAUGGCUCUACUGCAUCGGGCCGGUGUCUCCUACCUGGGUUUCGGUUUCGAACCUUGCCAUGCUCUCCGCCCGGAGGAUAUCACGGGCAUGCCGGGCCUCGUUGCUAGUCUCACGCGAGAUCUGUACGGGCACACUUUCCAUCGUCUCCCAAUUCAAGGCAAGAAAGCGUACCAUGAUAAGUUCAGGCCCAAUUCCUUGCAGGACUCGGGGCUGUAUAUUGUUUUCCCUCGCGGCGUACCAAGCCCUCGGCACUUGAUGGCCAUGCUUCACAUGGCGAAUAUCAGCCUGCGCAAGAUCGUGUGGGCCGACGUGCGGUCGUGGAUGACAAAACACAAAACCAAGUCCGAAAGCAAGGUCGAGUCUGAUGCCCCGGAGACGGUUGAGAACGAUCUGAAAAAGUGA